AAAUUCACACAAAGGUUUGGUUCGUCUUUCACCAGGAGCAACAUCAAGAAGAACAACACAACGCAAGGAAGAGAACAUAUAACAGCAGAGAGAGAGAGAGAGAGAGAGAGAAAGAGGAAGCGCCAAGAAGGAAGACACUGUUACUAAUUAAACCUAUAUUUGUCUCGCGACAAACCACACUUGUCGAUCUUCCAUCUUCUCACGCUCCAAAUUCAAACUACAGCAACGCUCUUCUCUCCGAUCUAUCGUCUUCUUUCUUUCUUUCCUUUCUCGGGCUUCUAAUUGGGGCGAGGAUUGAAGAGAGGUGAAGCAUUUGCAGCAUGAGCAUCGACAGCCCCGGGCGAGGGGACUGCUAGGGUUUCGAGGUUCUGACGUGGAGGGUGAGAUUUCCAUGGGCGAUGGAGGCGUCGCAUGCAUGCCUUUGCAGUAUAUUAUGGAUAGGUUGCCGAGUGCCGAGAAGACUGUUGUUUGCGGAGGCAAGAGUGGGAACAAUGGUUUCAAUUCAAAGUUGCUCAAGUUUGUUGACGGUGAGAGGAGGAAGAUGAAAGCCAGGAAGAGCGAAUUGGGGUUGGACAGAGUGAGCAAGAGGAGCAGCAACGAAGUUGAGAAUGGUGAAGUUUGCGGUGGUACUGGGGAGAAGGUGCAGAAAGAGGAAGUGGAGGAGGGUGAAUUGGGUACUUUGAAGUGGCCCAGAACUGACCUGGAGAAUGGGGAGUUCGUGCCGGAGAUGAUGAUGCCGCUGCCGAGGAGAGGCGAGAUUGAAAACGGAGAGAUUGUGAGUGGGAAGUGGAAGGCAAGGGAGCUGGAGAAGGGAGAGAUUGCUUCUGGCAAGUGGAGGAAGGAAGAUGUGGAAAGAGGGGAGAUAAUUCCUGAGAAGGGUGGUAGGAAAGGAGAAGCCGAGAGAGGGGAGUAUGGGUCGUGGAGAGGAAUUAAGGAUGAAAUUGAGAAGGGAGAGUUCAUUCCAGAUAGAUGGUACAAGGGCGAUUACGAUAACAGCAGAAUCCGCAGGUACCAUUCAAGCAGGGACAAAGGGUGGAAAACUGAACGUGAAAGUACACCUUCUUCUGGCAGAUAUACAGGCGAUGACUUUUUUAGAAAGAAGGAAUUGAAUAGAAGUGGGGGUCAGCAUGUUAAAAGUUCUCCCAGGUGGGAUGGGCAACAGCGGAACGUAAGGAUCAGUUCAAAGAUUGUGGAUGAUGAGAAGAAUGUACACAGUAAUGGUAAGGAUCAUACACGGGAUUACUCUUCUGGAAGUCGCUUGAAGAGGCUUGGCAAUGAUACUGACAGCUGUGAGCGGAAGCAUUCUUCAGAUUAUGCUGGUUUGAAAAGCCGGAGGCUUUCUGAUGAUAGUUGUCGCCAUGCUUAUUCCGAGAACUAUUCACGUCGCUCUGUAGAGCGGUCUUACAGAAAUAAUAAUGCUUCAAAAUUACCAGCAGACAAGUAUUCUAGUAGGAAUCAUGAAUCUUCUUUGUCCACCAGAGCAGCUUAUGACAAGCAUGGGCGCAGCCCUGGUCAUUCUGAGCGGUCCCCCCGAGACCGAGGGAAGUAUUAUGAUCAUAGAGAACGCACUCCAGUGCGGCGGUCUCCCUGUGGUCGUGACAGAUCACCGUAUAACAGGGAGAAAUCUCCCCAUGGUCGUGAGAGGUCUCCAUAUAUGAGGAACUGGGAUAGAACUCGUCAGCAUGAUCAUAAAUUGAGGAGUCCAAUGCGUGCUGAGCAGUCGCCACCAGAGCGCAGUCGGCGGCAUGAGCUGUCACCCCCAGAUCGAAGCCGGCGGCAUGAGCCGUCUCCGCCAGAUCGAAGUCGGCGUCAUGAUCGUAGGGACUGUACCCCAAAUUUAGUGGAAGCAUCUCCCCUUGACCGAACAAGGAAAGAUAGACGCCAGGAAUCAAGUUGUAAAACCUUAUCAAUUGAAAAACACAACUCCCAAAAUAGUUGUAAGGAUCAUGAAGAUAAGCAGAUUCAAAGGGAGUCAAAUUGUUCAAGUACAGAAUCUCAAAGUGAUAAAAAUGUGCAAGAUACCAUUAAGUCUGUUGAGAAAGACAUCUGCAGUCAACCUAUAAAGGAACAGCAUAAUUGCAGCCCAACUGUUAGCCACAAAGAAUCUCCUCACUCCGAGCCACCUCCUGAGGAACUGCCUUCAAUGGAGGAAGAUAUGGACAUUUGUGAUACCCCUCCCCAUGUGCCUGUGGUGACAGAUUUGUCAUCAGGGAAAUGGUAUUACCUCGACUAUGGUGGUGUAGAAAACGGGCCUGCUAAAUUGUGUGACAUCAAGGUCCUUGUUGAUGAAGGUGUUCUAAUGCCCGAUCACUUUAUCAAGCACUUGGAUAGUGACAGGUGGUUAACAGUUGAAAAUGCCGUGUCACCUUUGGCACCUCAGAUAUUUCCAUCAAUUGCGUCUGAUACCAUAACCCAACUGGUAAAUCCUCCUGAAGCUCCUGGUAAUAUUUUGUCAGAUACAACAGAUAUUCUUCAAUCUGCUCCUGAGAAUCUUCAGGAAAUGCUACCCCCCUUGCCACAGCCACCAGUAUGCCCUAAUGACAGUGUGUUUACACCUGAACUUUUUGAGGACCUCCGCAUUGAUGAAAGAGUUAGAAAUCUGUUAGAGGGUUAUGAUGUCACUCCUGGGAUGGAACUUGAGGCAAUAAAAGAAGCAUUGCAAAUGAAUUUUGAAAAUGCAAAAGGGGAGGGACUGGGAGACUAUGAAGGUUUUCCUUGGAGUGUUUCCUGCCUUAAGGAAGAUUGUGAUUCAAGUACUGAUUUAGCGUCAAGAGAUUCUGAAUCUCAGUUAAGUAUGUCCUGUGAUAUGGAUAAUGGACUUGCCUUUGGUGUUUCUAGUGACUGGUUUUCCACCCAUUGGUCAUGUAAAGGUGGUGACUGGAAAAGGAAUGAUGAUGCCCAAGAUAGAUAUUGUAGGAAGAAACUUGUCCUGAAUAAUGGUUUUCAGUUAUGUCAAAUGCCAAAGUCUGGUUGUGAAGAUCCUCGUUGGCCUCAAAAAGAUGACUUGUAUUUUCCUUCCCAAAGCAGGAGGCUUGAUCUCCCUCUAUGGGCUUUCUGUGCUGAUGAGCGGGAUGAUUGCAGUGUUGCGAGCAGAUCAGUCCAAAGUAAGCCUGCUUCUGUGAGAGGAGUGAAAGGCAAUGUUCUUUCUGUGGUCAGGAUAAAUGCAUGUGUUGUUAAAGACCAGGGAUCAUUGGUCUCUGAGUCACGCCACAAGACCCGGGGUAAGGAAAGACAUCAUUCAAGGUCAUCUCGGCCCUUCUCUUCAACCAGUGAUAGUAGGAGAUCAUCAACUGAACAAGAUUCUCAGUCAAAAGCUGUUAGUGAUCAAGGUUCUUACCGGAUCAUGGAAUUCAUUAAUGUCCCUAAAGAUCAUCUCUGUUCUAUCCAUGAGUUACAAUUACAUUUGGGUGACUGGUAUUAUCUUGAUGGUUCUGGGCGUGAAAGGGGCCCCUCAUCAUUUUCGGAGCUACAGUAUUUAGUAGAUCAAGGAAUCAUAAAAAAGCAUUGCAGUGUGUUUAGGAAAAGAGAUAAACUCUGGGUUCCUAUUACCUCUGCAACAGAAACUUCUGAUGGAAGUCUCACGAGCCAGCAAGAAAGCAGUUCAAUCUCUGGUGCAUGUUCUGGUCUUCCAUCAAAGCAAACUCAGGGUGUUUCAUCUGGUGACCCUUACACUAAUUCAAGUUUGUUUAACAGCUUACAUCCUCAGUUUGUUGGUUAUACUCGUGGGAAGCUACAUGAACUGGUAAUGAAAUCAUAUAAAAGCCGGGAGUUUGCUGCAGCUAUAAAUGAGGUUUUGGAUCCCUGGAUCAAUGCAAGACAACCAAAGAAAGAAAUCGAAAAACAAAUAUAUUGGAAAUCAGAAGGUGAUGUACAUGCUUCCAAAAGGGCCCGAAUGCUGGUUGAUGAUAGUGAAGACAACAGUGAUUUUGAAGAUGGUGAUGUUACUGUCGAGAAGGAUGAAUCCACUUUUGAGGAUCUAUGUGGUGAUGCUACUUUCCCUGAAGAAGAAAUUGGUAUUACUGAUAAUGAUGUGGGAAGCUGGGGCCUUUUGGAUGGUUGUGUGUUAGCACGGGUUUUCCAUUUUUUGAGAUCUGAUUUGAAGUCCCUUGGUUUUGCUGCAAUGACUUGCAAGCGCUGGAGAGCUGCUGUAGGGUUUUAUAAAGAAGUGUCAAUACAGGUCAAUUUGUCAUCCUUAGGUCAUUCCUGCACCGAUACCAUGUUGUGGAACAUUUUGAAUGCUUAUGAUAAUGACAAGAUCAAUUCUAUUAUUCUAAGGGGUUGUGUCAAUAUUACGGCUGAAAUGCUUGAGAAAAUUAUUCUUUCAUUUCCUGGUUUAUUUACAAUAGACAUUAGAGGCUGCAACCAGUUUGGAGAUCUGACUCUUAAAUUUUCCAAUGUGAAAUGGAUCAAGAGCCGAAGUUCACACUUGACUAAACUUGCAGAGGAGCCUUAUAAAAUUAGAAGUCUUAAACAUAUUACAGAGCAAACCUUGUAUGUUUCCAAAUCCAGCAGUUUAGGUUUAGAUGAUUUUGGUCAAUUGAAGGAUUACUUUGAUAGUGUGGAUAAGAGAGAUACCAAGCAAUUAUUCCGUCAAAACUUGUACAAGCGGUCAAAACUAUAUGAUGCUAGAAAGUCCUCCUCCAUUCUCUCUAGGGAUGCUCGGACAAGACGUUGGGCAAUCAAGAAAUCUGAAAGCGGUUAUAAGAGGAUGGAAGAAUUCCUUGCUUCAAGGCUUAGGGAAAUUAUGAAGACAAACACUUGUGACUUUUUUGUGCCCAAGGUUGCAGAAAUUGAGGUUAAAAUGAAAAGUGGUUAUUACAGUAACCGUGGGUUGAAUUCUGUGAAAGAGGACAUAAGUAGAAUGUGCCGUGAUGCAAUAAAAGUGAAGAAUCGGGGUGAUGCCAGCGACAUGAAUCAUAUCAUCACAUUGUUUAUUCAGCUUGCAACACGGCUGGAAGAGAGUUCUAAAUCUGUGCAUGACAGAAAUGCGUUACUGAAAUCAUGGGACAAUGACUUGCCUGCUGUAUCAUGCUCUACUUUGUCAAAGUAUAAGAAGCAUAGAUUGGUGAAUGAAAGGAAGUAUAGGAGUAAUGGAACACAUGGUUUGGAUAAUGUGGAAUAUACCUCUGAUCGAGAAAUUAGGAGGCGCUUAUCAAGGUUGAACAAGAAAUCUAUGGACUCAGAGAGUGAAACAUCUGAUGAUGAUCUGGACAAGUCUUGUGAAGAUGGCAAGAGUGACAGUGAUACUACAACCUCCGACAGUGGAAGUGAUCGAGAAGUACAUUCAGAAAGUCUAAUUAGGGAGUCAAGAGGGGAUGGAUACUUUACGUCUGAGGAAGAGUUGGGUUUUAUAACUGAUGAUCGAGAGUGGGGUGCUCGCAUGACAAAAGCAAGUCUGGUUCCUCCGGUUACCAGGAAGUAUAAAGUCAUUGAUCAGUAUUGCAUUGUAGCUGAUGAGGAGGAUGUACAAAGAAAGAUGAGGGUUUCAUUACCAGAUGACUAUGCUGAGAAGCUGAACGCACAAAAGAAUGGCACUGAGGAGUCAGAUAUGGAACUUCCUGAAGUAAAAGAUUACAAACCUAGAAAGCAGCUAGGAAACGAGGUUAUUGAGCAAGAAGUUUAUGGAAUUGAUCCUUAUACGCACAAUCUUUUACUUGAUUCUAUGCCAGAGGAGUUAGAUUGGUCUCUGCAGGAUAAGCAUGUCUUUAUAGAAGACAUACUUCUUCGAACAUUGAAUAUGCAAGUUAGGAAUUUUACUGGAACUGGAAGCACUCCAAUGAGCUACCCAUUGCGAUCUGUUAUUGAAGAUAUUAAAAGACUUGCUGAGGAGAAUUGUGAUGUGAGAAUGGUUAAAAUGUGUCAAGGUAUUCUAAAGGCCAUGGACAGUCGUCCAGAUGACAAAUAUGUAGCGUAUAGGAAGGGACUUGGUGUUGUUUGCAACAAGGAAGAAGGCUUUGCCGAAGAUGAUUUUGUUGUGGAGUUUCUGGGAGAGGUUUAUCCUGUUUGGAAGUGGUUUGAGAAACAAGAUGGGAUUCGAUCUCUGCAGAAAGAUAGUAAAGAUCCAGCGCCAGAGUUCUAUAACAUCUACCUUGAGAGGCCAAAGGGUGAUGCUUACGGGUAUGAUUUAGUUGUUGUUGAUGCCAUGCACAUGGCUAAUUAUGCCAGUCGAAUAUGUCAUUCUUGCCGACCCAAUUGUGAAGCCAAGGUUACUGCUGUUGAUGGUCAAUAUCAAAUUGGUAUUUAUAGUGUUCGUAAAAUUCAGCAUGGUGAGGAGAUCACUUUCGACUACAACUCUGUAACAGAGAGCAAGGAGGAGUAUGAAGCAUCAGUUUGUUUGUGUGGAAGCCAAGUAUGCCGUGGGAGCUAUUUGAAUCUGACUGGUGAAGGGGCUUUCCAAAAGGUUCUGAAGGACUCUCAUGGAAUUCUUGAUCGGCAUUAUUUGAUGCUAGAAGCUUGUGAAUUAAAUUCCGUGUCUGAAGAGGACUAUUAUGACCUGGGAAGAGCUGGUUUAGGCAGUUGUUUGCUUGGAGGCCUGCCAGAUUGGCUUGUUGCUUAUGCGGCUCGCCUUGUGAGAUUCAUCAAUUUUGAAAGAACAAAACUUCCUGAAGAAAUUCUAAAGCAUAAUCUGGAAGAAAAAAGAAAAUAUUUUUCAGAUAUAUGUCUUGAAGUUGAAAGGAGUGAUGCUGAGGUUCAGGCUGAGGGUGUAUACAACCAAAGGCUUCAGAAUCUUGCUGUCACUCUUGAUAAGGUAAGGUAUGUUAUGAGAUGUAUUUUUGGUGAUCCCCGGAAAGCACCACCUCCUCUUGAGAAGCUCAGUCCUGAAGCAACUGUUUCCUUCCUCUGGAAAGGAGAGGGUUCAUUUGUUGAAGAGCUUCUUCAGUGCAUAGCUCCUCAUGUUGAAGAAGACGUCUUGAAUGAUCUCAAGUUUAAAAUUCAUGCUCAUGAUCCUUCAAAUUCUGGAGAUAUUCAAAAAGAGCUUCGGAAAUCUCUGUUAUGGUUGAGGGAUGAGGUCCGAAAUCUUUCUUGUACAUAUAAAUGUCGGCAUGAUGCUGCUGCUGACUUAAUCCAUAUUUAUGCUUAUACCAAGUACUUCUUUAGUAUACGGAAUUAUCAAACCAUUACGUCACCCCCUGUCUAUAUUAGUCCACUUGACUUAGGUCCCAAGUACACUAACAAGUUGGGAGCAGAAUUUCAAGAGUACCGAAAGAUAUAUGGUGAAAAUUAUUGUUUAGGGCAGCUGAUAUUUUGGCAUAACCAGAGUAAUGCAGAUCCAGAUCGUAACUUGGCUAGAGCCAGCAGGGGUUGCUUGUCUUUACCAGACAUCAGUUCCUUUUAUGCCAAGGCUCAGAAGCCAUCACGGCAUUGUGUUUAUGGUCCAAGGACAGUCAGAUCUAUGCUGGCUAAAAUGGAGAAGCAGCCGCAGAGGUCUUGGCCCAAAGAUCGGAUAUGGUCAUUCAAAAGUUUUCCUAAAUUCUUUGGUAGCCCAAUGCUAGAUGCUGUAGUAAAUAACUCUCCACUGGACAGGGAGAUGAUUCAUUGGUUGAAGCACAGACCUGCCAUAUUCCAGGCCAUGUGGGAUCGUUAAAAUUUUGCAUGGUUUGGAGCACACUCGAUAAAACACCUGGUUUUAGAUAUGGAAUGGUUCAUCAUUCAGAACUGCCUGCCUGUUUUAGCGUGGAGGGGGUCUGUAAUUAUUAAAUCCAAAAGCGUCAUUCCUUGUACCGCUUUUCAGUCAUUCUUGUGUACAGUUUUUCUUGGCCAUUGAUUUGUAAUUCAUUUGAUUGUAGGGCAUUGUUUUAUACUUAUGUAAUAUGAAAUGAAAGUUAGGAAGAAAAAAGAAAGGUUAAUUCCAGUCA